AUGGGUUUGAUCGGUGCUUUGCGGGAAAUGGAGAGGUACGCGGUGAAUCGUGGCCAGGACUUGGACUUGCGAUCCGUGCAGAUCUGCCUGCAGCUGGGGCAGAGCCUUGAAGAGGUCUUAAUGCAGUUCAACUUUCGGAAUAGCUCUUUGAGGCAGCGCUUUGACGGAGUGAAGUACUCGGUGAAGAGGCUUGAAUCCCUCUCCUAUGAGAUUGAUUUGGCAAGGCAGCGUGCUGGCAGUCCACCGCGGCAGGGCGGUCUGGAGACGGAGGGCGGUCUGGAGACCACGGCGCUGUCACUCCAGACGUUGGAGGAAAGCAAGAUCAUAUACGAUCAGUUUGACGAGAACCGGGAGCAGGUGAUGAAACAGUCCCGCGAUGUGGUGAAAUCAGCGAAGAACGCGAUCUAUGCCCUGCAACGCGAAGAUUGGAAGAGAGCAGACUCCCAGAUCGAGCUUUGUGCUGAACAGGCAAACGCCAUCUAUGCGGCCUUCGCUUGCAACUCACCCACCUUGCGCCUGGGCUUCUUCAGUGGGGCGCUGGAAGAGAUGGCUGAGGCCAUCGAUUUCUUUGGGCAAAGAUGGAAAACUCUUGGAUUUUGCUGGAAUGCAAGCUUGUAG